AUGCCUUGUCAGCUGUACAACGCGCUAAUUCGAACGCACCACAUCACUUCACGCAAGAAAGUUGCCAAACUCAAAGCGGCAGCGUCGAAUUGCAAUGUGUACGCUUUACUGAGGAGUGGCGGAUGCCCUGGCAUCAUGUACUGCCAAGGCGCAGAGACUGGCGUGAGAGACUGGGUUGCGAAUGUCCAAAGAUUGCGCUACAAAGAUUUUCAACUAGUCAAGAAGCCUGCUGAAAAAGAAACUGGCGGAAAGGAUACAGAGAGUGGCAUCAUGUACGGGAAGCUAGAGGAGGUGGACAGUGUAAAGGAUUUUGGAGCAAAGAUGGAGAGUUUAGGUAUAUGGGAAUGGUGGAGGAAAGGGAUGGGCUAUGUGGGAAACGACUGA